UCAAUAUUUGCAUGCCUUGGGAAAUUUCGCCCAAUCAUCUGGCUGGAAUGCGAAGCAGAACGAAGCCGUCAAAUCCAAGUUUAGAUGCGGGAGCCAGAACGCAUCAGUCCAGGCUUCUAAACGUUUGGGAUAUUUUUCCUUCGAUGCACAAGGUCGAAACAUUCUUACGCUUUCUUUGAUGUGCAUGUUUUGUCACGGUGAGAGCUGUUGAUGGAGGUGAGCAGGAACUAUCUUUGGUCUCGCAGGUAAUUGGAUUUCAAGAAUACCUUUUAUUCAGGAACGCUACGACGAGAUACUGCUUUCAAGCGAUCUCGUAAAGAAGAUAUUGUGGUCUGCAUCACUCUUAGGAAAUUAUGAUGACGGAGAAUAACGAAAAAGAGAACGAACCCCAAAACCAGGACUUUCAGCGCUCACCGGCUUCAGGACCGAUCCAGCCCGAAUCAAAGCUCCAGCGAUUGAAGCGCUCUCUUUCUUUCAAGUCAGUCAUGAGAAGUAAAAGCGUUGAGAACUUCUUCCAGUGCACCAACAACGAAGCUCGGCGUUCUCCAGACUUCAUCUCUGAACAUCCUUCACCUGCUCUGGAACCUCCAUCUCCACCAUUUCAGGAGUGUCCCCUGCAAUUUGAUUGUUCACCGUCGCUGUCACCAUCGAUCAGCCCCAACCCGUCGCUGUCAUCGCAGUCACCCGCCGUCAGUCCCUCCAUCUCUCUCAGUUCUAAAUCCUCACUCCAAUUACAGUCCUGCCCAGAGAAGAAACACUUGUUUCAGGAAUAUGUGUUUCGCCGACCAACUGUUUGUCAGCUGUGCAAACAAAUAAUAAUAGGGAACUCUAAGCAGGGUUUGCGGUGUAAAUCAUGUAAAAUAGGAGCUCAUCUCUGGUGUUCGUCUGAGCUUUCCCAACAAGCCUGCCAUGGCAAGUCAGGUGUUUUCAAAAGGAACUUCAGUUCUCCUCUUCUCACUUACAAUCACUUUGGUAUGGCUAAAGAUGCUUCGCCCACUCAAGAUCAGGGUAAGAGUGCUGUGGACCCGGUGUAUGAAGCGUUACGAUACGGAACAUCUCUUGCACACAUGAGUCGAUCCAACUUUGGAAGCAUCUCAGAAUCACCGUAUCAUCAGGGUAAAGGAGUAGGAGAGAGUUUAGAAAGUCAAACUAUCACUGAAGAGGAGUGUGUUGCUGACGCUGAAGCUGUCUCUCUAGCUGACAGUGAAAUAUCAGAGGAUAGAGUCAGUUUAAAGGCCCCUAAACGCAUUGAAGUGCACUCCAUACACACGUACGUGGUGUUGUACAAGUUCCUUCCUCAAGAGAAACACGACCUGGAGCUACAGCCAGGUGAUCGUGUUCAGGUGACGGAUGACUCGAAUGAGGAUUGGUGGAAGGGUAAAUGUCGUGAUAAAGUCGGCUUUUUCCCAGCUAACUUUGUGCAAAGAGUCCGUCCUGGAGAGAGGGUGUGGAGGGUGACUCAGAGUUACCAUGGCAACAAAGACAAAGGACAGAUGACCGUCAAAGAGUUUCAGAUCUGUGUUGGUAAAGGAGAAGAGAAUGAUGGUUUCCUGAAGUUGAGCAGUAGUAAGAAGCGUGGUCUGGUUCCCCAAAGGUGUUUGGAGGAGAUAUGAGGCCUGUUUUUCUACGUCCUGAACGGGAAACGUGAGAGAACAUAUGGAAUGAAUCUGCUUCACCGCUCCAUGUGUAACACACUGCAACUGAUCAAGCAUGCGUCCCCGCACACACACGCUUUACCUGUAGAGCACCAGAUACUGUCUGACAGAAGGAAAACCUGCGGUGAGACAUGCAGGAGAUCAGCAGGGAAACAGAAGUUCAUGCGACUUUGCAUGGCCUGCAUUCUGACCUCUGAACACUUACAGAUGUAAACAAGAGGACAGCGUGAACCCGAAAUGGACAGACAGACAGACAGACAGAUAGACAUAUAGACAGAUAGAUAGAUAGCACCCCCUGUGGUAACACUGAGAAUGCAACGCAUACUUGCGCUGUAUUAUGAAUUGUGUUCUGACCAGAGUUGGGUUAGUUACUUAAAAAGUAAUCUAUUACAUAUUACUAAUUAUUUCCAUAAAAUAACUUCCCUAAAAUUGUAAUUAGAUUACUUUACUAAUUACUUGGUUGCAAAAGUAAACACAUUAAAAAUCACUUUACUUUUAAGUUACUUUCUAAAACACUUUUCAGAUAAGUUUGUUUACUAAAUAAUGUCUAAAACAAUUAAAAAUAAUUUGAAAGAAAAUUAAAAUAAUUAUAUAAUAAUGUCUAUAAUCAUUUAUAUAUUACACAUCUUUCAUCUGUCACAGAAAUGCAAACAGAUGAACAUAGUUCAUGUUUUAAAUGUAUUCUACAUAAAUAAUACUAUUUAGAACUAUUAGAAUACUAUUUAGAAAUAUCUGUAACCCAAGUAAAUGUAAUUCAAAGUAAUCUGAUAAUGUACUUAAAUGCAAUCUGAUUACAAGAAUUUAAAGUGUAAUGCGUUACACAAUGUUUUGACUAAAAAAGUAAUUAGAUUACAGUAAAUAAUUACUUUGUAAUCAGAUUACACCCAACUCUGGUUCUGGCACAUUUUGGAAUGCAGUGGCGUGUGAAAUCGAGCUUGCGUUGCUAGAAGCAUUUGCAUUGAUGUACUGGUGUAGAGUAUGUUUCUGACCCUAGAGUCACUGUAUGGAUUGUUUGGUUGCAUUGUGUUCUACAUAAUUAAAAAACAAUAAAAACAGAAAAGCAUGCAGUAGUUUGAUGAAUGAAAAGCUUGUGUGGACUAUUGUCUUUAUACUAUAAUGAAGCAAUGCAAAACUUCUCUUUUUAUUCUACAUUUUUUCAUUAUGAAAAACAUAGUGAUUAUGAAUACAUUAUUCAUAGUGUAUUCAAAAAUAAUUGUCUUCCUUUUCAUUUUUUUCACUUGAUUAUUCUCUCUUUCUCGCACACACACUUCUCUGUCUCAAGCUCUGUCUAAUAAUAAGCACAGUAAGGCACUUGUCCAGUUGUGUUCAGUGUAAUGAUGGGAGCAGAGUGAGAUGACACUAUUUAGGAGGCUGUUUUGAGUGUUGUUGACAUCUCCUCUCAACACUCAGCACAAAGCACAUGCCUUAUGUCAAGAGUAUGAGAUAUAGAUGAACUUAACAUGCACUACAAUGAGAAACCUCAAACACACACAGCAAAUAUGUAGCAAGCAUCUGAAUAAUCGUUUUUAUUUACUAGAUAUUCUGUGUUUCAUGUGUGCAUGUCUUAUUUAACUGUUUAUGUCCAUUAUUUUGUGUGAAUUGUCAAUAGUAUUGCUAUUUAUAUAGCAGUUUAAUCUGCUUUGAACUGGCAAUAAUGAUUUGAUGUUUUUCUUUAGAUGAUAAUAUCAGUUUGACUUGUUAAAAUGAUAAGAUCAUUGAGAUAUGAACCAAAAUCACUGUGGCGUUGGAGGAAUUUAUUUAUUUGUCUGUUUUAUUCUAUUAUUUAUUGUUCAAUCAAAAAAUAAGCUCUGCCAGAGCACCAUAUCAUGUAUAAGCUUGGAAAGUGUAAAAAAUAAAGUUUUACAUGUAUAGUUCAUGUUUGAUGUGCUACAGCACUCAAGAAAAAAACUUCUAAAUGGUUUAUUGGGUUGGUACAUAAGUUACCCCAUAAGAUUAAAUAUGUAUUGACAUUUGAUAUGUCACUGAUAUGUCAGUGUCACUAAUAAUUGUGUCUUAUGAUGAAAUUGAGAAUUUUAUGUUAUAUAUUUCAAUAUAUUGCUGACUGAAAUUUGUGAUGUAAAACACUGUACAUCUUUGAUGAAGCACUAAAACUCGGCAUGUACUGUAGUCUGGGUUGAUGUUUGAAAGAAGCAGUGACAAUAAGUUUACUCUGUAAUGCUGGACACACUGCAUAUAGAGAAAUGGGGAUGUGUUUUUGUACUACUGUGGACUGUUGCUGCUGUAAUUUCUUGUUUAGUCAUGGGGUAUAUUGGAGUAUGGUUGGGUUUCAACCUUUUAACAAAUACAAAUCAAGCACUCGCAACCACAAAAAGCUAUUUUUUUCUGUAUGCAUGAAAAAUGAUCAAAUCUACUGAUCACACUUUAAUAAAAAAAAAAAACAUUUUAAAGUUGC